CCGCAGGACUGUCUCCCUCCCCAGCCCCCCACCGCUGCGCUGAGGGCGUGGCCUGGGGCUCUGGGCAGGUCGCUGUCUGUCCUUGGGCGGAGAGGGCAGGUGACACCCGCCGGAGAGGACGCAGAAUGAGGGUUCUACGGGUCUCCCAGGCGCUGGUGCGCUCCUUCAGCUCUACCGCCCGGAAACACUUGAAGAACCGAGUGCCUGAGAAACAGAAACUCUUCCAGGCUGACAAUGACCUCCCGGUGCACUUGAAGGGCGGGGUAUUCGACAGCCUCCUGUACCGACUGACGAUGGCUCUGGUUACCGGAGGCACUGUCUACUGUGUGUACUGCCUCGGCUGGGCCUCCUUCCCCCACAAGAAAUGAGACUAAGCUGCCUACUGGACCUAAGCAACUUGAAAAACAUCAAUAAAUGUGCUGACUUCGUGAAGAA